GACGGGGUUAGCCGGAAAAAGCGCAGCUAGUAAACGUCAGAGAAAAGGCUGUCAGCGGCUUUAAAGGUUAAAAACGCCGAGCCAACAGGCCUGCUGUGUCCACACAGAGCUGCCGGUGGUUCUGGUUGUGACUGGUUCCGUCCGUGCUUGUCCCAGUGAGUGUCAGCGGGCAGAAGGAGCGGACCUGUUUGGGCGUUAGCCACCUAGCCGAGCAGCAGCAGCUAACGUUAGCCGCCGCAGACAUGAUAGCGCUCAUCAACAAACUGCUGGACUGGUUCAAGGCUCUGUUCUGGAAGGAGGAGAUGGAGCUCACCCUGGUCGGCCUGCAGUACUCCGGGAAGACCACCUUCGUCAACGUGAUAGCGUCGGGUCAGUUCAGCGAAGACAUGAUUCCUACGGUUGGAUUCAACAUGAGGAAGAUCACGAAAGGCAACGUCACCAUCAAGUUGUGGGACAUCGGAGGACAGCCUCGCUUCAGGAGCAUGUGGGAGCGCUACUGUCGAGGAGUCAGCGCCAUCGUGUACAUGGUGGACGCAGCAGAUCCAGAGAAGAUCGAAGCCUCCAAGAACGAGCUGCACAACCUGCUGGAUAAACCACAGCUGCAGGGAAUUCCU